AUGGCUUCUCUGUUCAGGGACCUAUCACUCGGCCAAUCCAGGAGAGAGACCAUGACUGGCACCACCAGCUCACGCUUCACCGCCGGCGCCACCUCCGCCGCCAUACCACCGUCAACGCCUUUCCCCUCCCCAUUCGGAGACCUAACACCGACACUCUCCGCCGCCGACAUCCGCGACACCGCCUACGAGAUCUUCGUCGCCGCCAGCCGCACCACCUCCGGCAAACCCCUUACUUACAUUUCCACCAACUCCGCCGCCGCCGCCGACCGAUCUCCGUCUCCUUCGCCGUCGUCUCUAGCGAGCUCGCCUUCGAUGCAGCGAUCGAUCACUUCUACUGCGGCUAGCAAGGUCAAGAAGGCGUUGGGGCUCCGAUCUAGUUUAAAUUCGGGUUUGGGAUCCGGGUCGAAGAGGAGUGAGGGUAGUCCGUCGUCGUCGGGAGGGAAGGGGAAGAGACCGGUGACAGUUGGUGAGCUAAUGAGGGUUCAGAUGAGGGUUUCGGAGACUGUGGAAUCCAGAAUUCGGAGGGCUUUGUUGAGAAUUGCGGCUGGGCAGGUUGGAAGGAAAAUUGAGUCAAUGGUUCUUCCACUAGAGCUACUACAGCAGUUCAAAUCAUCAGAUUUUACUGAUCAAGAGGAAUAUGAAGCAUGGCAGAAGAGAAACCUGAAAAUUCUCGAGGCUGGACUACUGUUACAUCCUAAGAUACCACUAGAUAAGUCCAAUACUAAUUCACAACGGCUUCAGAAAAUCAUUCAUGGGGCCUUAGGUAGGCCUAUAGAAACUGGGAGGAACAAUGAGUCAAUGCAAAUUCUUCGUAGUGCUGUAACAUCUCUUGCUUCUAGAUCAUCUGAUGGAUCUCUUGUGGAGUCAUGCCAUUGGGCAGAUGGGUUCCCAUUGAAUCUCCGACUCUAUGAAAUGCUUCUAGAAGCAUUAUUUGAUGCUAGUGAUGAAAUUUCUAUUUUGGAGGAAGUCGAUGAGCUUAUGGAACUCAUAAAGAAAACUUGGGUUAUCCUUGGAAUUAAUCAAAUGCUUCAUAACAUUUGCUUUUCAUGGGUUCUGUUUAACCGUUUUGUUGCGACUGGCCAAGUUGAAAAUGAUCUGCUAUAUGCUGCUGAUAGUCAGCUAGCAGAAGUUGCAAAAGAUGCAAAGACAACAAAAGAUCCAGCAUACUCUAAAAUCUUGAGUUCUACAUUGAGUUCAAUAUUAGGCUGGGCGGAGAAAAGGCUCCUGGCAUACCAUGACACUUUUGACAGUGUAAAUAUUGAUUCGAUGCAGAGCAUCAUCUCUCUGGGUGUAUCAGCAGCCAAAAUCUUAGUUGAAGACAUAUCUAACGAAUAUCGCAGGAAGAGGAAAGGUGAAGUUGAUGUGGCUCGCAACAGGAUUGACACUUAUAUCAGGUCGUCCAUUCGUACUGCGUUUGCUCAGAGAAUGGAGAAGGCAGAUUCAAGCAGGAGAGCAUCAAGGAACCAACCAAAUCCUCUCCCUGUCCUUGCCAUUCUUGCAAAGGAUGUUGGUGAGCUGGCAGCUAAUGAGAAGGAUGUAUUCAGCCCCAUACUGAAGAAAUGGCAUCCUUUGGCUGCAGGAGUGGCUGUUGCCACCCUUCAUGUUUGCUAUGGGAAUGAGCUGAAGCAAUUCAUUUCGGGUAUAAUGGAGUUGACACCAGAUGCUAUACAAGUGUUGAGAGCUGCAGAUAAGUUGGAGAAAGAUCUUGUUCAAAUUGCAGUUGAAGAUUCAGUGGACAGUGAUGAUGGAGGAAAGGCAAUAAUACGUGAAAUGCCUCCUUUUGAAGCUGAAGCUGCAAUAGCCAAUCUGGUUAAAGUUUGGAUUAAGACGAGAGUGGACAGACUGAAGGAGUGGGUUGACAGGAAUCUCCAACAAGAGGCCUGGAAUCCACAAGCAAGUCAAGAAGGAUAUGCUCCAUCUGCUGUUGAAGUUCUGCGAAUUAUAGACGAAACCUUGGAUGCGUACUUUAAGCUGCCAAUACCAAUGCAUCCAGCAUUGCUUCCUGACUUGAUGGUUGGUCUUGACAGAUGUCUUCAAUACUACAUAACCAAGGCAAAAUCUGGCUGUGGAUCAAGGAACACAUUUAUUCCGACUAUGCCAGCAUUAACCAGAUGUACAGUAGGAACAAAAUUUCAGGGUGUUUGGAAGAAGAAAGAAAAGGCUCUAAUCUCUCAGAGGAGGAAUGGUCAGGUUGCAACAAUGAACGGAGAUAACUCCUUUGGGAUAGCACAAUUAUGUGUUCGUAUAAACACUUUGCACCGACUCCGGACAGAGUUAGACGUUGUGGAGAAGAGAAUUAUCACCCAUUUGCGAAACUCCGAAUCUGCUCACACAGAAGACUUUUCAAAUGGGUUGGGUAAAAAAUUCGAGCUAGCUCCUGCGGCCUGUCUUGAAGGGGUUCAACAACUCUCCGAGGCUGUGGGUUACAAAAUCAUCUUUCAUAAUCUGAGUCAUGUGCUUUGGGAUGGUUUGUAUGUUGGAGAGCCAUCUUCUUCUAGGAUUGAACCUUUCCUUCAAGAGCUUGAGCAGAACUUGACGUUCAUAUCAGACACGGUGCAUGAAAGAGUUCAUACAAGGGUUAUUGCCGACAUAAUGAAAGCUUCCUAUGAUGGAUUCUUGUUGGUUUUGCUUGGGGGAGGUCCAUCUAGAGCUUUUACCCGGCAAGAUUCCCGAAUAAUAGAGGAUGAUUUUAAGGCCCUUAAAGAUCUAUUUUGGGCGAAUGGGGAUGGACUGCCAACUGAUUUGAUUAAUAAGUUCUCAACUACAGUGAGGGAUGUUCUUCCUCUUUUCCAAACUGAUACAGAGAACCUUAUAGAGCGAUUUAGGCGAUUGACUUUGGAAACAUAUGGCUCGUCAGCCAAAUCUAGACUUCCACUACCACCAACCUCAGGGCAGUGGAACCCAACUGAGCCAAACACGCUCAUGCGUGUCCUGUGUUACCGGAACGAUGAAGCCGCUUCAAAGUUCCUCAAAAAGACCUACAAUUUGCCUAAGAAACUGUAGUAAACUUUUGAGACGCAACAACGAAAGCAAACAGCUCCUUGUGAGGAUUGCUUCUGGCAGAACAUUCCUUGUGGUAUUCAGCUGGCCUAGUGUCUUGUCAGGACAUGGAAGGCAAGGGAAGGCAGGGCUUACCUUAUGAUGUGGCAUAUUAUAUUGUAUAGUGUAUUUCGGAGUCACCUAGGUUUGUCAACUCCGGCAGGUAGUUCACAAAAGAUUCAAAAGUUUUUUAUACUUCUUCCAAAGGCUCAAGGAAAGGUGGGUCAAGAUUACGAUUCAUUGCUAUUCAUUUUCAUCAUCGGUAGAGAGAGUAUUAGAUCCAGUUUAAUGCUAUUCGCUUUCGUUUCCUGCUUGCAUUAUCGUUUAUUUAUUUGACCUUGAAGGCUCUCGAUUUUCUGUUUGUUUCUGUUGUUUUUCCUUUUCUUGAUUUUCUUGUUUGCUUGGUAUAUAUCGGUAUUAUGUACUGCAUUAGUGUUCCUUGCUAUCGGAUCGGAGGGGUUUAUGUUGAUUCAAGUACUGUUAUUCAUUAUUAGCAUGUAUUAUAGGUAAGACUUUGAUAAUUGAAUUGAGAUUUGAAAUAUUUUUUGAUAUUUAGAA